CUAAACAAUGGUUUCUACCGAGCUCUGCUUCCCAUUGCAAAAUUUGUAAUGUGCCAUUUUUGCCAUGGAUGCCUUUCCAUUUAGGUGCUGACAGGGGAGGCAGACAUGCAGAGAUGCCAAGCUGAUUGUGGCUCCAGUCGCAUGCCAUGGAGGCUGCCCUGACUUGAGCAUCUUGUGAUUUGUGUUCGGAUUGAUGGGGGAAAUGGUCCAGGCGGAGUGCUCCAUGUGAAGCCGGAGGAGAUUGCAGACUCACUUCAUUGAUCUCUUCCAAGAAGCAAGCAGACGUCUGAAAUCUUAGCAACGAUGUGUGAAGUAAUGCCAACCAUAAAUGAGGACACCCCUAUGAGCCAAAGGGGGUCCCAGAGUAGUGGCUCAGACUCGGACUCCCACUUUGAACAACUGAUGGUGAACAUGCUGGAUGAGCGUGACCGGCUGCUGGAUACACUGCGGGAAACUCAGGAGAGCCUCAGCAUGGCCCAGCAGCGACUUCAAGAUGUUAUCUACGAUAGAGAUUCACUACAGCGUCAGCUGAAUUCUGCACUGCCCCAGGAAAGUCCAGUGGUGAUUGACAGAAGGCAAAAGCCAUUUGAUAAACAACAUCAUGAGUUUGCUGCACUGACAAAAGAGCUGAAUGCAUGCAGGGAACAGCUUCUCGAAAAAGAAGAAGAAAUUUCCGAAUUGAAAGCAGAAAGGAAUAACACAAGACUUUUGUUAGAGCAUCUGGAGUGCCUUGUUUCAAGACACGAAAGGUCAUUGAGGAUGACGGUGGUGAAACGCCAAGCACAGUCCCCCUCAGGUGUUUCCAGUGAAGUGGAAGUUCUUAAAGCUCUGAAAUCUCUCUUUGAGCACCACAAAGCUCUAGAUGAAAAGGUAAGGGAACGUCUGAGGGUUUCUUUAGAAAGAGUCUCUGCACUGGAAGAAGAGCUAGCUGUUGCCAACCAGGAGAUUGUAGCAUUAAGGGAACAGAAUGCACAUAUCCAGAGGAAGAUUGUGACUGGUGAAGAAGAUCAGGAGCCUAUGGAAGCCGUAGAACAAGGGCAGAAGGUCCACGACAAGAGGUUAUCAAAUGGCUCCAUAGACUCUAAUGAUGAAGCCAGUCAGAUGGUUGAACUUCAAGAAUUACUUGAGAAACAGAAUUAUGAAAUGACCCAGAUGAAGGACAGAUUAUCAUCCUUGUCAGCACGAGUUGGAGAAGUUGAGCAAGAAGCAGAGUCGGCUCGAAAAGAACUAACAAAAACAGAAGAAAUGAAUACAAAAUAUCAGAGAGACAUCAGGGAGGUAGCUAUGGCUCAGAAAGAGGAUAUGGAAGAGCGUAUCACAACUCUGGAGAAGAGAUAUCUCAGUGCACAAAGGGAAGCAACGUCCAUUCAUGAUAUGAAUGACAAAUUAGAAAAUGAAUUGGCGAACAAAGAAGCUAUAUUACGCCAGAUGGAAGAGAAAAACAGACAGCUGCAGGAGCGCUUGGAGAUGGCUGAACAAAAACUACAGCAAACAAUGAGGAAAGCCGAGACUCUGCCAGAGGUGGAAGCGGAGUUGGCACAAAGGAUAGCAGCCCUUACAAAGGCAGAAGAAAGGCAUGGAAACAUUGAGGAACGAAUGAGACAUUUGGAGACACAGCUUGAAGAAAAGAACCAGGAGCUGCAGAGGGCUAGACAGAGGGAGAAAAUGAAUGAAGAACACAAUAAAAGGCUUUCUGAUACAGUGGAUAGACUCCUAACUGAAUCGAAUGAACGGCUACAGUUGCACUUGAAGGAAAGAAUGGCUGCCCUUGAAGACAAGAAUAUUUUACUUCAGGAUUCAGAACAUUUCAGAAAACAGUUAGAAGAUUGUUUACAUGAUAAGGAAAGGCUAGCAGAAGACCUUGAUAAAAUGAGAACGGAAUUUGAUCAGGUGAAGAUACGUACUGGAUCCUUGAUAGAACCAACUUUAACCAGGUCUCAUCUGGAAUCAUCAGCAGAAUUGAGAUACUCUGUUGGUUCAUUGGUAGAUACGCAGCCAGACUACCGUUCAGCUAAAGUCAUAAGGAGGUCACGUAGAGGAAGAAUAGGAGUAAGAAGAGAAGAACCAAAGGUGAAGUCUCUAGGGGACCAUGAAUGGAAUCGAACACAGCAAAUGGGAGUGCUUAGCAGUCUUCCCUUUGAAAGUGAUACGGAGAUGUCUGAUAUAGAUGAUGAUGAUCGUGAAACGAUUUUCAGUUCCAUGGACCUUUUAUCUCCAGGUGGACAUUCUGAUGCUCAGACAUUGGCAAUGAUGCUUCAAGAGCAGUUAGAUGCUAUUAACAAAGAAAUAAGACUCAUUCAGGAAGAAAAAGAGUCUACGGAACUAAGAGCAGAAGAGAUAGAGAACAGAGUUGCCAGCGUUAGCUUGGAGGGACUUAACUUGGCCAGAAUGCACCCAGGUACCUCGAUAACUGGCUCAGUGACUGCUUCGUCGUUAGCAAGUUCAUCACCUCCAAGCGGACAUUCCACACCUAAACUCACACCACGUAGCCCUGCAAGGGAGAUGGAUCGCAUGGGAGUUAUGACACUACCUAGUGACUUGCGGAAGCAUCGACGAAAGAUUGCAGUUGUAGAAGAAGAUGGUCGCGAAGACAAAGCCACAAUAAAAUGUGAAACCUCCCCUCCAUCAACACCACGUGCCCUCAGGAUGACUCAUACUUUGCCAUCUUCAUAUCAUAAUGAUGCCAGAGGAAGUUUGACUGCAUCUCUUGAACCUGAUGCCCUUGGUCUAGUCAGUGCCAACAGCAGUCAAGACUCUCUCCACAAAGCUCCAAAGAAGAAAGGAAUUAAAUCAUCCAUUGGACGAUUGUUUGGUAAAAAAGAGAAGGCAAGACUGGGACAGCUCAGUAAGGAGUAUGGCCUCCAAGGAGCUUUCAUGGAUAUGGACCCUGGGGCACAGGACUAUCUGGGGUUGAGUAAACUUGGAACUCAAGCAGAGAAAGACCGAAGGCUGAAGAAAAAACAUGAACUUCUUGAAGAAGCCCGCAGAAAAGGACUGCCAUUUGCUCAAUGGGAUGGACCUACAGUGGUAGCAUGGCUUGAGUUAUGGCUUGGAAUGCCAGCCUGGUAUGUUGCAGCUUGUCGUGCCAAUGUGAAAAGUGGUGCCAUUAUGUCUGCAUUGUCAGACACUGAAAUUCAGCGAGAAAUUGGGAUUAGCAACCCCUUGCAUCGCUUGAAACUUCGCCUUGCUAUUCAGGAAAUGGUCUCACUUACAAGUCCCUCAGCUCCUCCAACAUCAAGAACACCGUCUGGUAAUGUAUGGGUUACCCAUGAGGAAAUGGAGACUCUAACAGCUCCUGCCAAAGCGAAAGAGUCGGAAGAAGGUAGCUGGGCACAGACAUUGGCAUAUGGAGAUAUGAAUCAUGAAUGGAUUGGUAAUGAAUGGCUGCCUAGUUUGGGCUUACCUCAAUACAGAAGCUAUUUCAUGGAAUGCCUGGUAGAUGCAAGAAUGUUGGAUCAUCUGACAAAGAAAGACCUGCGAGUGCACUUAAAAAUGGUAGAUAGCUUUCAUAGAACAAGUCUUCAGUACGGAAUUAUGUGCUUAAAAAAGUUGAAUUAUGACAGGAAAGAACUGGAGAGGAGAAGAGAAGUAAGCCAGCAUGAAAUAAAAGAUGUGCUGGUUUGGAGCAAUGACCGAGUAAUCCGUUGGAUCCAGGCAAUAGGUCUAAGGGAUUAUGCAAACAGCAUUCUAGAAAGUGGUGUGCAUGGCUCGCUCAUUGCUCUGGAUGAAAACUUUGAUUACACCAGUUUGGCACUGUUAUUACAAAUCCCAACACAAAAUACUCAGGCUAGACAAAUUCUGGAAAGAGAGUACAAUAAUCUGUUGGCAUUAGGAACCGAGAGACGUCUUGAUGAGAGUGAUGACAAAAACUUUAGACGUGGGCCCUCCUGGAGGAGGCAAUUUCCACCACGCGAGGUCCAUGGAAUCAGCAUGAUGCCGGGCUCUUCAGAAACACUGCCAGCAGGAUUCAGAUUAACAACAACAUCCGGACACUCACGAAAAAUGACAACAGAUGCAGCUGCUCCUUCCGCAAUGCAGAGACUAGACAGCUCUACAGUCCGGACAUAUUCAUGUUGACAACACUUUAAACAAAAAAAACAAAACAAAGAGCAAAGCACUGACUAACAGUGUCUUCUUCUAACCAUCUACCUGAAGUGCACUACCUAGAAGAAUGAAAACGAGAGACCAUCUGGCCGAUAGCUGAAUGCCAGAACGAGCACUGAUCUACAAAACUAAAAUGUGAAAAUAUUUUUAUGUAUCGUAUUAUCAUAUGCCUAGUUUAAGAGACAGAGAACAACUAUAAUUAAAAGAAAGGUUCCCAUGAUCCAUAGAGGUUUUAAUGUGCACAACUUAAUGAGAUGGAACCGAUCGUUUUUAUGUUCUGUUACAUCUGUUUUUUCCUUGUAAUAUACUAGAAAUAUUUAAGUAUUUAAUGUGUAUUUAUUUUAUGAAGUGUAAGUCUUUUUUAUUUUCUCAAGUGUAAAUGGUUAUAAAUAUGAUUUUCUAAAAAAUAAAACUUAAAGUUCAAUUGAGUCUAUGUGGGAAGACCUGACGAAAUAGUGUCUCUAAUGUUUGUACCUUUCCAUCUCACUGUUUUUACAGUUUUUUGGAUUGUAACAGUCAAAUGUUUAGCAGUUAGAUGCCUCAACAUGUUUCUCCUAAGAGCCUCCAAACAUCCAGCUAUAGACCUGCCUCUGGUUCCAUGGUGUAAUCUGGCAGUGGAGCCUAAUGGACUUACAAAAAGGCACUUGAUAGGUUAAAGUCUUUUAGAGAAGCACUGUGAUGGCUCUUUGAGUAAUGAACUGUUUACAUAAGUCAAAAGCAAUCACCAGGACACCGGUCUUUGGUUUAAAAAAAAAAAAAGCAAAAAAAAAAGAAAUGAUAACCUGUGGACCAAGAAAACACUUUGCUUUACCGAGAACACCUUUUACUUUUUCUUCAGAUGCCAGUGUCUGUUGGAUGUAAUAUUCCAACAGUUUAAUAUUUAAGAUUCUUACGUAAAAAAUAA